AUGGCACAAGGGUUGGAGGUGGCCCUCAUGGACUUCCAGAGCUCCCGGAAUAACGUGCAGCACCACACGGAGGAGAUCAGCCUCGACCACCUCCUUGUGCGGCGGGGCCAGCCCUUCACCAUCACCCUGUACUUCAGGAACCGGGGCUUCCAGCCAGGCCUGGACAGCAUCAUCUUUGUUGCUGAGACCGGACCUCUGCCAGACUUGGCUAAAGGGACUCGGGCGGUGUUCAGCCCGACGAGAGGCAGUGGGCCCAGCCCCUGGAUUGCCUCCCUGGAGACCAAUGAGGCCAACUCCAUGGAAGUGAGUCUGUGGGCCCCACCCACCGCAGCUGUGGGGCGGUACGUCCUGAAGAUCCGCAUCGACUCCUUUCAGGGGGCUGUCACCGCCUACCAGCUCGGGACGUUCGUCCUGCUCUUCAACCCUUGGUGUCCAGGUGAUGCUGUCUUCUUGGACAGUGAGCCCCAGAGACAGGAGUAUGUUGUGAAUGACUAUGGCUUCAUCUACCAAGGGAACAAGAACUGGAUCCGCCCGUGUCCGUGGAACUACGGCCAGUUUGAAGAGAAUAUUCUAGACAUCUGCUUGGAGCUGCUAGACAAGAGUCUGCACUUCCAGAUCGACCCAUCCACAGACUGUGCCCUGAGAGGAAGCCCUGUCUACAUCAGCAGAGUGGUGUGCGCUAUGAUCAACAGCAAUGAUGACAACGGGGUGUUAAAUGGCAACUGGAGUGAGAAUUACGUGGAUGGUACCCACCCUGCAGAAUGGACGGGAAGUGUGGCCAUCCUUAAGCAGUGGCACGCCACCGCCUGCCAGCCCGUGCGCUACGGGCAGUGCUGGGUCUUUGCUGCUGUCAUGUGCACAGUGAUGAGGUGCCUGGGUAUCCCCACCCGCGUGAUCACCAACUUUGACUCCGGCCAUGACACGGAUGGAAACCUGAUCAUAGACGAGUAUUACGACCGCACAGGCAGGAUCCUGGAGAAUAAGAAGAAGGAUACAGUUUGGAAUUACCACGUCUGGAAUGAAUGCUGGAUGGCUCGCAAGGACCUCCCUUUUGGAUAUGGAGGCUGGCAGGUGCUAGACGCCACCCCACAGGAGACCAGCAAUGGCCUCUACUGCUGCGGGCCUGCGUCUGUCAGAGCCAUCAAAGAAGGAGAAGUGGAUCUGAACUAUGACACGCGCUUUGCAUUUUCCAUGGUGAACGCUGACUGCAUGGCCUGGCUCGUCCAGGACGGGAAAGAGGAGAAACUUCACCAGGACACCACGACUGUUGGCCACCUCAUCAGCACAAAGAGCAUCCAGAGUGACGAGCGGGAUGACGUCACCGAGAACUACAAGUACGAAGAAGGUUCCCCCCAAGAGAGGCAGGUGUAUCAGAAGGCUCUACAGAAGUUGAAGGAUGGAGGGUCCCAACAAUCUGACAGUGCACACUCAGAACACUCGAGGCGCAUGCCACGAAGCCAGGACAGUCCUCGGAGCCUGGAUACACCGGCCCUUCAACCAAGCAAUGUUAUUCAGGUCUCCCUGAAAUUCGAGCUACUUGACCCACCUAACAUGGGCCAGGACAUCAACUUUGUCCUGCUGGCCCUCAACAUGUCAGCCCAGUUUAAGGACCUCAAAGUGAACCUGAGUGCCCAGUCCCUUUUGCAUGAUGGCAGCCCCUUGGACCCAUUCUGGCAGGACACAGCCUUCAUUACACUGCUUCCUGAAGAAGCAAAGACCUACCCCUGCACAAUCCCUUAUUCCCAGUACAGCCAAUACCUGUCACCAGACAAACUAAUCCGCAUCAGUGCCCUGGGUGAAGAGAAGAGCAGUCCAGAGAAAAUCCUGGUGAACAAGAUCAUCAACUUGACCUUUCCAAGCAUCAUAAUUAAUGUCUUAGGACCAGCCAUUGUGAACCAGCUGCUCUCCAUCCAGGUGAUCUUUUCAAACCCCCUGUCGGAGCCGGUGGAGGACUGUGUGCUGACCUUGGAAGGCAGCGGCUUCUUUAAGAAGCAACUGAGAAUCCUCAUUGGAGUCCUCAAACCCCACCACAAAGCCACCAUCACUUUGAAGACGAUCCCUUUCAAGAGUGGCCAAAGGCAGAUCCAAGCUAAUCUGAGUAGCAACAAGUUUAAGGACAUCAAAGGUUACAAGAAUGUGUACGUAGACUUUGGGCUCUAA